AUGGCGCGAAAGUGUUCACUGGCCAGUGGCCGGUGCGUCACCUUGCACUUGAUCCAUCCUCAACUAAUCCAGUCGGAGUUAAUAGAGUUCGCUCAGCGCCACCAGCUGGUGGUGAUGGCUUUCAGUCCGUUCGGGUCGCUGGUGAGCCGCUACGGACACACCUUCCCCGGACCCACCAUCAACGAUCCCGUACUCACGGCCAUCGCUCGCACACACCACAAGACUACGCCGCAGGUCGUGCUGAGGUGGCUGGUGUCCAAGCUAUGGAACAUCCUGGCUCUGGACGGCUCCAACUGGCAGAAGAUAGACCUGUUCGACUUCCAGAGAGAUGUGGAGAACCACCUGCCUCACAUCAAAGUGCACGCAUACUUCGCGCCGGUGACUCCGCCCGCGGCCGGCGCUGGUUCCAGGCCGCGCUACUGCCGCUGCUGCACCAUCAUAUAG